GAUAGCAUACCGUCCGGAUGGGCUGCUGGACGAGUGGAAUCGUGUCACGCAUACACGUUCCUGGCGUGAUUCAUUCACUGCCGGGUCCGACUUCGAUACUAAUUAUAUCCGCUUCUACUGACUCGACACAAUCCAGCUUUAAGAAGGGCGUGUGCUCGCCUGGAGCGAUGGUCAAAGUGUGGUAUUCCAACCUCCUCCAUGGCAAUCCCGAUGACGCAGGACCCGGGGCGAGGCCAUGUGGACCUCUAUGGCAACGUAUUCGAAGUCCCAACCUUCACCAUGAAGCAGAUCCACGAUGCCAUCCCCGCCCAUUGCUUUCGGCCGUCGAUUGCCCGCAGUAUGGGCUACGUGGUGCGAGACUAUGUCCUGCUCGGGUCCUUGGCCUGGGGAGUCUACGUCUGUACGCCCCUUCUGCCCUCCCUCUAUCUGCGAGGCGUCGUCUACGGUCUGUAUACGGUGGCCGCGGGCAUGGUCAUGACUGGGAUCUGGAUCCUGGCUCAUGAAUGUGGCCAUGGGGCCUUCUCUCGUUCCAAGACUCUCAAUAAUGCCGUCGGUUUCCUAUUGCACUCCUCUCUGCUGGUGCCCUACUACAGCUGGAAGAUCUCGCACUCUCGUCACCACAAGGCCACGGGCAACCUGCAGCGAGACACGGUCUACGUGCCGCACAGUCGAGAAUAUUGGACACGAACCGCCAUGGGCAGCGACGUCGACCCCCACAGCAUCGGUGCGGCUGAAUUAACCGAAGACGUGCCGCUGGUGACCCUCUGGCACUGUCUGCUGUUCCAGCUCUUCGGCUGGCCUCUAUACAUGCUGGACAACUUGAGCGGCCAGAAAGGAGCCUCCGGCUUCCCUCAGCACAGCCAUUACUGGUUUGGGGCCGACAGCGCCUUGUACACAGAGUCACAGCUGCAUUCCAUCUUUCUGAGUGACAUCGGGGUGUUAAUGAUGUCGGUCGUGCUGUUCUAUGCCGUCCGGCUCUUUGACCUGUGGACGGUCUGCGUCUUUUACGGGAUCCCUUAUCUCUGGCUGAACCAGUGGAUCGUGACCAUCACCUACCUGCAACAUACCGACGGCACGCUGCCCCAUUUCGCCCAUUCGCAGUGGUCGUUCGCCCGCGGAGCGGCGGCCACGAUUGAUCGCAGCUUCACGCUGGGCGGCUUCGACGUUGACAAGCAUCUCUUCCACGGCAUCGUGGGCACGCACGUCCUGCAUCACCUCGUCUCCACUGUGCCCUUCUACCACGCCUAUGAGGCCACCGACGCCGUCAAGCGCGUCAUGGGCAAACACUACCGCGCCGACCAGACCACGCCGCUGAUGACGGCGCUGUUCCGCAACCUGCGCGACUGCCAGUUCGUCGAGGAGAGCUCCGGCAUGGAUGGCAGCGGCGUCUACAUGUUUCGUAACCUGCACGGUCGAGGCAUGAGGCCGAGAAACCUGGUGGCUGGCGAGUCCAUGUCCUCAUGGGAGGGCCAUCUACCCCCGCCCUCGAAAGAGGCGUCUCGCGACUGGCGACAUUUGGUGGCAUGGAUCUGGUGAUAGAAGGGAGCAAGGGUAGAUAGAUACACACGACGGCUUGGGCCUCUCCAUUGGUACGCAUGCUUUGGGGCGAAUUCCUCUAGACUGAAACCUGGUAAUUGGAUUGGGACUUGGGACUGGAGGCUUGGGAAAUACGAGAAUGGCGUCGGAUAGACUUGGAACCCUUACAGUUAUGCACUCGUGCCUAGGAAAAUCCGACCAACGGAAUGAACAGUUCAUAGCAUGCUUUUGUCUCAUCAAUGGGUCUAUCGCACGGUGAUUACGCU